CCCCUUCUCCUGGCUGUCCACACAGGAAACAUUAACCUCUUCCUGCAUUGACCGGUCACUCGUUCAACCCACUCUCAGUCUGACUCCUUCUAUUUUAACCCCGAGAGGUUUCGUUUUAAGUCGUCAGAGGCCGAGGGGUCAGAGAGGAGGCCAGGCCGCCCACCAGAGCAGGAAUCCUGGAGACAUGAGAAGUUGCUGAUGCUGAUGAUGUCUGAGCCACAAAGAAUUCACUUCAAUUUUUUGUCGUCUCCGGCCAACACAUCCAGCCAGCCACACAUAAGGGUGCAGGAGAGGACCCUGCCCCCACAGCACAUAAUAAACUCCUGCCUGUAACAAGAACAAUCUGUGUGCAGGCCGGAGAGCCCAGACACUCUCGGGGAAACUGAGGAGGGGGAGGAGGAGAGCAGAGGAGAAGCAGAAGGAGGGAUUUGUCCCUGUGUUUUUUUUUGUGUUGCACUAUCCAGACAAAACCUCCGGCCCUGAAAUCUGAAACUGCAGAAGUUGCCUGGCUCGCCGAGCAGUCGCUUCACUGUUAGUUCACUUUUUCCAGACUGGUUUCACUCGUCCUCCCAUCAGACGCCAACUGAGACGCUUCUCCAGGACAAUCCUGUGGGGAAACCAUGCUCCCGAUGGGCCUUCGUCAGAUCGGUGCGUGUGUGGUGUUAUGCCUCGGCGGCGGUAUGGCCACGCCUCUACCUUUUUCCAGUUCUCUGGAGGGAAGUACAGAUGAGGAAGACCUCAGUAACUUUGCUUCCUCCCUGCCCACCAGUUACCUUUUCUCCGUGCCACAAACCACGCCUGCUGGCCCCACCUAUGUGGAAACUGACUUCCUGAGUCAGGUUGUGGACUUCCUGGAGGAGAACAUGCUCCUCAUCCUCGUCACAACCUCCUUUGUCCUCCUCAUCUUCUUUAUCAUCUGUGGGGCAAUAAUCAUGAGCCGCAGGCGAAAGGUCAACGCCUACUACCCUUCCUCCUUCCCCUCCAAAAUGUAUGUGGACAACAGGGACAAGACCGGAGGUACAAAACCCUUUAAUGAAGUGCCAGAGAAACCUGCUCCCGAGCAGGAGAGUGAGCCUGUGGACUCUCACAGGCAGCUCCAGGCCGACAUCAUGAGGGCCACCAAGAGGCUGCGGACGCCAAAUAAAUCUGUAGAUGCUGCAGAGGGAAGUGGCAGCAGUCAGAAAGCAGCAGACCACAGUCCUGGAGACAGUUCUAAGACAUGUGGCAGCGUCCUGGAUCCGCAGCUGCCAAGUUUCCCUGAGGAAAAGGAGCCAUGCGAGCUCCUCAACAUGGAAGAGGCAGCAGCAGCAGCAGGAGGCAGCACUGAGCUGAGCUUUCCUCCAGAGCAGCCUCAUCCAGAGCAGCCACAGCAACAAGGAGAUGAUCCAAAGCAGCCACAACAACAAGGAGAUGAUUCAGAGCAGCCACAUCCAGAGAGAAAUGAUCCAGAGCAUCCACAUCCAGAGGGAAAUGAUCCAGAGCAGCCACAUCCAGAGGGAAAUGAUCCAGAGCAGCCACAUCCAGAGGGAGAUGAUCCAGAGCCAGAGCAGCCUCAUGCAGGGGGAGAUAAUCCAGAGCAGCCUCAUCCAGAGGGAGAUGAUCCAGAGCAGCCUUUGAUUGGCAGGAGUCUGCGGCCCUCCUCUAUGCAUAUCCACAAUGACUCUGCAACACUUCAGCUGAUCGCAGGAGAGAAAACUGCCUUCUGACUCCUCUGAACACUAUGAACUGACUCAUUCUCUACCUGAAUCCACUAGUGGCAAUUUGUCCGUAAAUCUUCAAAAUGAUCUACAGCUUUACAGAUUGACACCACUCAAUUUGAGGUGUUUGUCCAGUGAGGGAAAGAUGAUGUGAGCUCACCAACGACUGGUUUUGUCAUUAUGACAUUUUAUCGGCUACAAACAAUAUUUUUUGCUUUUAUGGACAUGUUAUUUUGUUAAAUCCUUUCAAAAUGGCGGCACAGCCAGAGAGUGUGGAGUUGGUAUGAUCCCCAUGUGUCUCUGUGGGUUUUCUCCAGGUUCCCCAGCUUCUUCCCACAGUCCGAUGACAUGCAGAUUGACAUUAAGGUAAUUGGAGACUCUAAAUUAUGUAAGUGUGAGUGGUUUGUCUCUGAGUGACACCCAGCGACCCUCAAAGCAGACAAGUGUUAUGGUUAAUGGUUGGAUGGGGGGUCACUUUAGUAAACAUGUAGUCAGUCGUAUGUGGCCCAAUAUGUCUUCAGUGUAUAAACAUUCAAUAGUUUAAGAACUAUAACUAUAAUUUAUGACAACCGCUUUUUAGAAUCGGUUUUGUUUGAUGUUGGUUGAAUGUUUUCACAGUACCUCUUUUCUAAAUCCCACCUUGACAUGUUAUAGCUUAUACACAAGCAGUGUUUAUGACAAACGCAUUUCAUUUGUGUGAUCCACAUCCAUAACUAUUAUAUUGUGAAUUUUGCAUUUUUUACUAAUUGAGAUAUCUGCAUGAUUAACGUGAAAAACAUCUUAUUAUUCAGGAUGUUUCAAGACAUUAAAUGCACUCGAAGCAAAAGAUGAUUCAGGAUUUUUUUAUUGCAGAUUUUCACAGAAGCAUUGCUAGAUACUAAUAAAUUACAGAUAAAACCAAUGGACCAUUUCAUGGUUUCUAGCAACGUCGCUUGGUUGCAUAUAUCAAAAGGUCAAAGCUUAGGGUUCAGACAGGAUACAUAAUUAGCUCUUAGCUUUAAUCAAUAUCUCCAUCACACCUUUCAGGACACUCUCCUCGCGCUCGACAAUCUUAAAAUAUUUCACAAUCUCAAAAAUAAGGCUCAACUUUGUACCAACCGCUCACAGCAGUGCUCACAUUGUGCGUUUAAGUGACAGGCUAAAUGGGUAAGAGGGCGCAGGGUUGGCCACAGACUAAGCCUGGUGUACAACUGCUACAGAGGGUUGACAAUGGUGGACUUGUUAUCAACGUAUUUGGUGUGUGCGUGUUUCAGUACUGCAGGAAGGUGAACUACAGCUACUUCUCUCCCUGGUAGCGGGAAGCAAGUGGAGGUGGGUUUAAAUGCUGGCCCUGACUGCCUCCUGCUGG